UUUACAGUCACAAAAAUUUUCAUCGGACGAUAAAAAACUAUGACAAAAGGAACUUCAUCUUUUGGUAAACGACAUAUAAAAACACAUACACAAUGUCGACGCUGUGGUCGUCGAUCUUUUCAUAUUCAAAAAUCAAAAUGUUCAUCUUGCGGUUAUCCUGCAAGUAAAACACGCAGAUAUAAUUGGUCAUUUAAAGCCAUUCGAAGAAAAACAACAGGAACUGGACGUAUGAGACAUUUAAAACAUGUAUAUCAACGGUAUAAAAAUGGAUUUCGUACAGGGGAGACUCCACGUAAAGCACGUUUAGAGUCGUAAAUUGUAAAGAAAAUGAAUAAAUCUAUGUUGAUGUAUUAU